AUGGGUGAGCUAUAUAAGUUCAAUCCCCUUUUAUUCCUAUCCCAGAUUUCUUGGGACACGUCACUAACCGUUACGGCCGCGCAGAAUCAGAGUCACCUGUAUUCGAACAUGCUCGCGGUGCAGGCGCUGGCUGACUUCUUGGCUUGUCUUGAUCAAGAAAUCCUGCCCUCGCUUAUGGAUGAGCCUGAAGGCGCCAAAGUCAUGGUCUGCAUGUUCCAGGCCUGCCUGCGAACCCUGUUAGGACAGCAUGAGGAUGGCUCCUGGAGCCAGUCACAAGAGCAAACUGCCUAUGCUGUCCUGACGUUGACGCAAGCUAGGCGAUUGUGCUUCUGUCGGCACUUACAGUCAGAGUUAGACUCUGCGAUCAAAAAGGCUGUUGCUUUCAUCCUAGGUGCAAGCUCCAGUCCUGUGGGUGCACCGGCACUGACAUCCGAGUUCCUGUGGACGGAGAAGGUUUCAUAUGCUUCACCACUCUUGACCGAGGCAUACCGCGUCGCUGCACUGAAAUCUGCAAAAUCAAUUUUGAAAGGCGUCCCUGACAACGUGGGCUACAGCAUAUUUCACGGGAUCGACGCGAAUCGGAUGAGACAACACGUCAGGCUCUUCCACAAAACACACUUAUUCCAAUCUCUGCCUGAAUGGCAGCUACGAGCCUCAUUCAUUGAAGGCCAUCUCUUCCUUCCCAUCAUAAACGAACACAGACUCGACGUUUUCCCCCGCAAGGACAUGGAUCCCGAUGAUGAUUACAUUGGCCUCAUCCCAUUUACUUGGACUGCGUCGAACAACAAGGACAUGACUUUUGCCUCACCAGCAUGGCUCUACGCCAUGAUGAUGGUCUCCGUUGUGGAUUAUCAGGCUGACGAGUUCAUGGAGGCAGUCGCAGGUUUAGAGCUUGCAAAUGACCUUCCUGGGCUGGUCGAGCUGAUUCAAGAGGUAUUGGCAUCCUACAAGAUUGAGCCUGCCAGCCCGACUACGAAUCUGUUGGAACAGAAUGGCAACGCUCGACGACCGUUUAAAGAUUCUCACAUCGACGAAGUCGAAGAGAUCAGGGCUUGUCUCCGCCGUUUCGCAUCCUUCUUUCUCGGCCAUCCGGCCGUACAAAAUGCCCACGAGGGUGAUCGCGCUACGGCGUGGCGCGAGGUCCACAACUAUCUUGUUGCUCAUGUGAGGCACACUGCAGACAACGUCCGCCUCAAUUCCCAGGAUCAGAGGCAGUGGUACGUGUCUCGCAAGAUGCCCUACUAUCAUUGGAUACGAAGCAACGACGACAUUGCUUGUCCCAUCACGUUUGGCUUCGUGACUUGUCUUGUGCCCUUUUUGGUCGGGAACCCAAAGGUCGAGCGCGCACUUAUCAGUGACCAAUCUGAGGUUGACGCGACCUUCACAAAGUCCGGUGCCUCGUUCGACUCCGUCGAGGCCAAGUACUACGCUGACGACCUGUGUCGGCACAUCACAAACGUCACCCGGAUCUACAACGACUGCGGCUCCAUCGCUCGCGACGCCGCCGAGAAAAACCUCAACUCGGUCAACUUCCCCGAGUUUGCCGUGACUGCCGCUGGCUCAGACAGGCUGGCUCUUCAUGCCUUGGGCGAGUAUGAGCGUGCUUGCUGCCAGGCGGCGUUCGUGCAGCUCGAGAAAGCAAUGCUGCGAACCGCUGCUAGCUCAGCCGAGAGGGCUCAGAAGCAGCGCAGGUUGGAUGUCUGGCAGGUUUUCCUCAAUACGGCAGACCUAUAUGGCCAGAUCUAUGUCAUUCGUGACUUCACUGCCAGAUCUGUCCAUGUUCGUGACACCAACAUUGAGCCUGCUAAUGCCCCAAAGGAUGUACCUCCAGGCAUCGCAAAGACGGCCGUGCUUGGGGAAAGACCAAUUAUGGCCACCUAG